AUGAAGACAGGUCACAGCCACACGGUUAUUGGCUCAAAGAAUGAGUGGCAUUUUGUCAGCCCCGCGCUGCCUCAUUCACGAACCAGACGAAGCGUUCUUCACUACCGGAAGCUGAAGAAAGAUCCCGAUGUGCACUUCGUGCUUCAGCAGGAGGGCUUCCGCCGCGUGAAACGGGGAUUCAGGCAACUGAAAGAAAGAUUGAAGGCGGAAAAGGCGGCUGUUUUGGCGAAUUCACCGACGGACCCUCUUUAUCCAUUUCAGUGGUAUUUGAAAAACACCGGUCAGUUUGGAGGCAAGGAACGACUCGAUUUGAACGUGGAAAAGGCAUGGGCGUUAGGAUACACCGGCAAAAACGUGACCACGGCUAUCAUGGACGAUGGCGUUGACUACAUGCAUCCGGAUUUGAAAGACAACUUCAAUGCAGAGGUGAGCUACGACUUCAGCAGCAAUGACCCUUUCCCAUACCCCCGGUACACGGACGACUGGUUCAAUAGCCACGGUACGCGAUGCGCCGGCGAAAUCGCUGCCAUUCGAGGUAAUGAUAUCUGCGGGGUCGGCGUGGCCUAUAACUCCAAGAUAGCAGGUAUACGAAUGCUCGACCAGCCAUACAUGACCGAUUUGAUCGAGGCAAACUCUAUGAGUCACGAAUCAAAUAAAAUCGACAUCUACUCUGCCAGCUGGGGUCCUACAGACGAUGGCAAAACGGUAGACGGUCCAAGGAAUGCGACAAUGCGGGCCAUUGUCAAAGGUGUCAAUGAGGGUCGAAACGGCCUGGGCAGCAUUUUCGUUUGGGCAUCAGGUGAUGGUGGCGAGGACGAUGACUGCAACUGUGACGGCUACGCUUCGAGCAUGUGGACAAUCUCGAUCAAUUCCGCCAUUAAUAACGGGGAAAAUGCCCGUUACGACGAAAGCUGCAGCUCAACCCUGGCUUCGACGUUUAGCAACGGAGGUAGAAAUCAAGAGUCGGGAGUGGCUACCACCGAUCUCUAUGGUCAGUGCACCAAAAGCCACAGCGGAACGUCUGCAGCUGCCCCAGAGGCAGCGGGAGUCUUCGCACUGGCACUGGAAGCAAACCCAAAAUUGACCUGGAGAGAUUUACAGUACCUGACGGUUUUGACGUCGAACCGAAACUCGCUUUAUGAUGGCCGGUGUCGCACUAUCCCUACAUUGGAUAGGUUUGGAAACAGCAUUAAGACCAACGAGAACUGUUCCCAUUUCGAGUGGUUGGUCAACGGCGUAGGACUGGAGUUCAACCAUCUUUUCGGCUAUGGCGUUUUGGACGCUACGGAAAUGGUGCUUCUAGCAAAGGUGUGGAAGUCGGUCCCUCCGCGGUACCAUUGCGACGCUGGAAGCAUAUUCGAACCUAUGCUGAUACCUACAACGGGAAACUUGGUGAUGGAAAUUGACACUAAAGCAUGCGCCGGAACCGACACCGCCGUGAACUACUUAGAACACGUUCAGGCAGUGGUCACUUUGAACAGCACGCGACGAGGAGACGUCACUCUGUUCCUCAUCAGUCCAAUGGGCACUCGUUCCAUGAUACUGAGUCGUAGACCAAAAGACGACGAUCACAAAGAUGGAUUUACGAACUGGCCGUUUAUGACAACUCAUACCUGGGGCGAAAAGGCACAAGGCAAAUGGAAAUUGGUUGCUCGAUUUCAGGUACUACUCGUUUGGACAUGCUCUUAA